AUGGCCACCAUCGCACCUCCACCGUACAGCCCUGCCGCUGCCGCGCCCGCCUACACGCCUGCGGCGCGUCCCGAAGAACGUGUCAUCUGUGCUCGGCUUCGAGCAACCAAUCGUCUACCUACAGGUCACUUUGUUCGCCAGUAUGGCUCCUUGUCGAUUGUCGUGUACGACCAGGAAGAGGGCGUCAGUACGCCCACGUUCGGGCGGCGCGCGGUCAUCCGCGGAUAUAUCAGCCUUUCUUCUAGUCUUCGGUGCAAGGUGGAAGAGGUAGUCCUCAAAGUCGAGGGCCGGCUUGAGCUCGCAUAUGCGGGUGGGGGCUCCUCGUUCGUCCGCACACUCGACGAUAGCUACACUAUCUGGAGCAGCACCUGUGGCUGCGUUUGCCCCGGCGAGCUUCCAUUCACCUCGCCUCUACCCAGCAACUACGUCUCCGCCGACGGACGUACGCACACGCUCCCACCCUCCUUCCGGUCCAUCCACCACGGCGUACCCGCCCUCUUCGUGCGCAGCUACUACCGCGUUCGCGUGUACGUGUACAAGAAGCGCCAUGGUCCGUUUGGCCUGAUUGCGGGAACAGAAAGGUUGAUGAUGCCCUUCGAAUAUUGCCCGCGCACGCGACCUUCGGCGCCGUUCUUCCCUCUCGAAUGCUUCUUUUCGACCAUCAAGCACCUACCGGAGGAGUGGACGCAGAUAGCCAUGCAGGUCAACCCGAUGGAUAGCUCGGGCCUUUCGGCUCUGCAGUGCUAUCUCUUCGUCCCAGCCGUCAGGGUAUUCGGGAUCUGCGACAAGAUUCCCGUACAUCUACUAUUAGCAGGAUCCGUGGAAUCCUUGCGGGCGUUCGUACCGUCGGCCGAUGACUCGACCACUACCCCGCCGCCGAAGGGCAAGGGCGCGUGCCAAUGCACUGCCGAUACAAUUCGCCUAUCGCUCAUACGCGAGGUCAUGAUGGAAGUUCGUGGCAAUCGUCUCACGCGCUCAGAGCCCAUCGGCGAUGGACAUCUGUGGCCCGUGCCACCUUCCGCUCGAUCAUGCGAGUGCAGCACUCGCGCCGGUGACGCCGAGUGGGAGGGCGAGUUGUCCUGCCGCAAGGAAGUCACGGUCGGGAGCUUCGCUGUUGGCGGUCUUUGGGUACAGGAUUACAUACACCUGGAGCUUCAACCUCUGCGUCCUGGGAUGAUGAGACCCUCUCGACAUCGGGUACCUAUCAAGCUCACGACCGACCCGUUCGCUGAACCGGAAGACCCUGUCACGGAUGGCGUCCUCUCCAGCCCCUCGGGCUAA